CGAGCCACUCAUUUGUGAGGCGUCCCGGUGGGUCGGUGGCUGCUGCUCGCUGGCUGACUGAGGGGAGGAGGAGGAUGGCCUGCGCCCGGAGCCCUUUCCUGACCUCCUGUGCCUUCCUCGCGCUCUUUCUCCUGCUGCCUGGCGGUUUCUGUGAAGACUGCAUAGCAUACACCAAUUUUUAUGGAAUUCUGAAACCAGCAGUAUCUUGUCCAGCAUUCUGCUGUGGAAGUUGCAACAACCGAUAUUGCUGCUCAGAGAUCAUGCAUAGAUUGAAUAAAUAUGAGCAACUUGAAUGUGAUCCAGAAAGGUCAGAUCUAGCUUUCACGCUCAACUCAGACAUGCACAAAUCGGACGACUUUGGCUUCGACUCUCAACCCGGUGGGACUGUCAUAGCUGUUGGAGUUUCCAUAUUCGUACUGUUUGUGGUGACCAUCAUUUUCUGCUUCACCUGUUCAUGCUGCUGCCUGUACAAAGCAUGCCGAAGGCAACCACGGCCUGUCGUGACCACAACUACAGCCACAACUGUGGUGCAGGUGCCAUAUCCUCAGCAGCCUGGGAUGCCACCACAAGGUUACCCUGUAGGGAUGUAUCAAGGAUAUAAUCCCCUGCCAGUGCAACCGCAUCAGGGGAUGCCAGCAGCACCCUACCCAACGCAGUACCCUCCACCUUACCCCACACAGCCUGCAGGACCACCACCCUACCAUGAAACCAUGGCAGCUGGAGCUCCUGCGGUUCAGCCACCUUAUAACCCAGCAUACAUGGAUCCUCCAAAGCAUUAACUUCAAAUGGAUUUACUGCUCUGUAUCUGUGCAGAAGCCUUUUCAAACAGAAUCUGUACUUUGGCAUACUUUCUUAAAAUACUACUCUGGUGCAGGUGGGGUAGAAACCCUGACAGUGUUUGCUUUUUAAUGCCUUGAACACCACAAGAAAAAAAAAAGAUCUGUCAUCUGGAUUUGUUUUCCUAUAUCUGAUUUUAAAAUUGUUGACACUUUCUUAAAAAGAAAAAGACAACUUCAGAGUAGGAGUCAUGGAUAUGCCAUACAAUAAUUUGAAGUCUAGUGAAAGGGAGUGGUUGACAAGACGAGUAGCAACAAGCGUCUGCUACCAUGAUUUUGCCAGUAAUUGUUAAUGCUUAUAAUAUGAGAGGUGUACCACAACAAAAUCAGUGUAAAACUGGAUAUACUUUUUCCAGUCAACUAUUACAAAGUAAGAACUAAUGAAAAGAAGUAAGAGAAAUAGUAUUGAGUAGAAUGUUUUGGGUUUUUUGGCAAGAGAUAGUGUAAGUUGUUAAAGAAAACUUUUCUGUAUUUGUGCAGCAAUUGCAUAGUCAUUUGCUUCAUUAUGCUUUCCCAGUUUUAAUUUCAAGCAUGUCAGUUUCAUAGGUAACUUUCCUUUGUCUAAUACUCCAGUUUCCUUUGCUCUAAAAAAAACAACCACCACCAAAAGAAGAGUAUUUACUGUACCACUGCAUGAACAUGGUUGAAUGAGAUUAUUGAUCAUCUUAAUAACAUGUCAGACCUGCAGUACAAUGUUAGGCUUAGUAGAAGAGCUGGAUAUAAAUACAUAAAUAUUGUAUUCUCCUGUUCUGGUCCUAAUGCUCCUGUUGAGAGUGCCAGCCAACCAUGCUUUCCUCCAUGUGUAAGGAAGCUUAGGCAUUCCACCCUGCCUCUCCUUUUCAUUAUUAUUCCUGUCUGGCAGUUCAACAUUCCGUGGGUACCGAGCAUGCUCAUAAGGAAGACCCUACAGCAUCAGACCAAAGCCUUGUCUAGCACAGCAUUUUGUUUUCUGUAAUGCCAUAUGGGAAGCCCACAAGCCACAGUAGUAUUCUUCCACUCGUGAUAGUGCAGGAACUGGUAUUCUGAGGUAUACUGUCUCUGAUGCUGGAGGUAAUAUAGCCAACAUGACUAGUUGCCUGUUAUUUUCUGUAUAAAUCUUUCUAAUGCCCCUGCAGAACCAUUUAUUUUCUUUAUUUGAAGCUGCUUAACAGUGCAGUCCUCUCCAUGCAUACUUGGAAGUAAGUCUCCUGGAGAGUAAUGGGCUUUUCACUCCCAGGUAGCAUAGCAUUGCACCUUAAAUAGACUAACAGAAAUUUGCUACCAGCUCUUGACAUUUAAUGGAUGCCUGUGCCUGUCUGCAUCUAUCCAUGUACCAAAAUUAUCACAAACCACUGUCAGAAUUGCUUUCGCUGUGAAGGAGAAAUGUGAAGAGGAGGCAACCUGUUUUUCAUUGUGGAUUGCUCCUAUGUAGUUAUAAUUUGGAGUCCCUGCAUUUCUCUAUGUGAGCAACCAAUGCUUUGAGGAAUACUACGGUGAUCUUUAUGCCUUCUUAAACAUCUUUAUAUAGUUCUUUCUGUCGCAUUUUCCUAUUCAAGAAUUUUCUGGUUAAAUGACUAAGGUUGCAUCUAUCCUCCUGUAUAAUUACAUUUCACAAAACUUUUAGCAGCUACCUUGUAAUCAAAAAGAUGUAAUUUAGGACAUAUCACUUUCUGAAGACUUCUGUUGCUCGCCUUCAUUUCUAGCAUGAAUAUGCACUCUCCCUUAAAAUAUAUCUGGAAAGUACAAGGUGAAGCAGGAAAAGUAUACUGCACACACACACACAAAAUAUUCUAACCAAAUUACUACUGAAGCCAGGGAUGCAGUAAGUGUGAAUAAAAAGGGAGACUGAGCUAUAGAAUAAGAUAUAGCCCUCAUACUAUAUGAUAGAAAAACUUCAAUCACUUUGGCUAGUUCAGUAUGAGGGUUUAGGAGUUCAGAGUACCAAAAUCAUCACAAACCACUGUCAGAAUUGCUUUCGCUUUGAAGGAGAAAUGUGAAGAGGAUGCAACCUGUUUUUCAUUGCAGAUUGCUCCUAUGUACCGGUAGUUAUAAGUUGGAGUCCCUGCAUUUCUCUAUGUGAGCAACCAAUGCUUUGAGGAGUGCUACUGUGGUCUUUGUGCCUUCUUAAACAUCUUUAUAUAGUUCUUUCUGUUGCAUUUUCCUAUUCAAGAAUUUUCUGGUAAAAUGACUAAGGCUGCAAUCAUGUACCCUUAAACUAGGAGUAAGCCCCAUUGAACUCAAUAGGACUUGCUUUUGAGGGAAUGUGCAUAGGAUUGCAAUGUGGAUCAUGUUAUGUAGGCAUAGACCUCUCUCUUCAUGAGAUUGCAUAUGGUCUACAUUCUACUAAUGUAAAAUGAAAAGUUUUAGAAGCUAGCAUUGACUACAUUUCUUUUCCAUGACUUGUAAUGGGGAAAAGACCUGUCAUGUGGUGAUUAUUGGGGAUGUAGGAAGGCUAUAUAGAUAUUGAUUUCCAUGUGCUGUGUUAAGCUCUACUUUUUGUUUCUAGAGGUAUAGUAACAAACUGCUGAAAAGUGUGUCUCUCUCUACCUCCUUCAGGAAAAGCAUCAGAGUUAUCUCAAUUCACCAUAGUGCCAGCAUGGAUUGAAACCCUGUCCACACUUCCACAUUGUAUCACAAAGCAUAGCUCUGUCAACUGCCAUUACUUUGCCAUGGCCAUGAGACAGUAUCUUGUGUGUUUAUAACCUUCCUCCCCAGUAUUAGGUAGAAUUUGGUGGGAGUGAGGGUUAGGAAGAAACUGUAUAUGAUCAUUAAAAGGUAUCAACAUUCCUGUUCCAUUGUGAUCUGUGAAAUUUCAGCUCACAUGGUCACAUGACACCAGUGAUGAGCAGAAUUCGAGUGUUUGCUUACAUAUAACAAGUAUUUCAUUAUUUGCAAUCCUGCUGUUACAUGAGUCUUGUUUAACUCAAUAGUGCUUAUAUGUGAGUAUCUGAAGGGGAAAUUGUGGCCUGUGAAAUACUGUGUGUGUUAUAUAUGUCAAUUUAAUAAAAAAAAAUUGUUUACUGAAGCAGAAGGGAAAUUGAAUUUCAGCUUCAUAUUGUAGAUUUUCAGUGUUUACUUUUUUAUUGUGAACUUUGGAAGUGCCUUUCACAGACUUUUCAAACUGCAUUAUUGUAGUCGGUGUACUAUAUAUCAAUAUACAAUGCAAUUCUUUUUGAUAUUCUUUUUUUUAAAAAAAAUAAUAAUCCUGAUUUGUAUGUUGCUUAUAGUAAACAAGACAAUUCAAAAGGAUUGGCAUGUUUGCAGCUUUUUAUAAUAAAUAUAUUGUCAAAACGUA